AUGUCUCCUAAUACAUCAUCUCAUACAACAAACUUGGCAAUUGAACCUUCGGUUUCUUCUUAUUACGACCGUACGUCGAUUUUGGCUGAAUUAGGGAUUAUAAAUAAUCAUCGACACUUCCCUAAUAACAGUAAUAACGUCGCAAACAACAAUAACAAUAAUACAGCUAUAUUAUGCUGA